CGGUCACUCCUCUUGUUUGCUCCUCUUCUGAAGUGGUGGAGAUGGCAAUGAACUUCGCCUGCAGCUUCGCCGCACUUUGCUGUUUAGCACUCUGGAGCUUCACCAGAACUUCAAGUGCUACAUAUGUACCACCACCUCAUUCGACCAUGAAGCCUGGCUUCCCUGUCCCAAUGAACACAGACAACCCUGGUGUUCGCAAAGCAGCUCGCUUUGGGGUUUACAGAUACAACAACAGUUCCAAUGACCUCUUUCUGUUUAAGGAAUCACAAAUAAACAAAGCCAUGGUACAGAUUGUCAGAGGGCUGAAAUACAUGCUCCAUGUGGAAAUUGGACGCACAGUGUGUGAGAAGAGGGAGCACUCCAGCCUGGACAGCUGUCACUUCCAGAGGAAAAAAAACCUGCAAAAGAUGCUGAGAUGUUAUUUUGAGGUCUGGAUAAUGCCUUGGUUACAUAAAGCAUAUGUCCCCAUUGCUCUCUGUCACUGACUCAUGCUUCCCCAUGGGAGCCUGACUUCCAGCGGAUCUGCCACUAUGAGUUUUUCCUUGCCUGGACU